GAGACGACCACUAGUUGACAAAUGAGCUUUAUUUUGAAACUACUAGCUUUAUUUUGAAACUACCGGAUAUAUAUAUAUAUAUUUUUUAGCUUGAUGCAGGGUGGUGACUGACUAUUAAACGCGCAGGAGCAUCGAAGGAAGAAGUACAACAGGUGAAUUAAUUUAGUGUAAAUACUAAAGGUGAAUUAAUUUCUUGGGUGGAAAUACAAAACAAGUUACUGCGGGCCUACGACAAAAACCUGAAAAUUUCAAUGUGCAUAAACCUGUAAAUUGUAAUGUAAACGUUAAAAGUGCAAGUACCGCUAUAAAAAGUCAAAACUAUUUAGUUGUAAAAUAAAAGUCAAAAAUAUGGAAACGUUUAACUAAAACUGUUAAGUUGUGAAAGAAGCAACAGCUAGCCUUCAUCGAUUGACGUGCUUUGGAAAAUUGGACUCUCGGGUUUUUAGACGGCUAACGUGACAAAUAUACAAUAAAAAAACACCCCGCCCCAAAAAAAAAAAAUCACUGAGCAGGAAACUUUUGUAAACUCGAAAUAAUGUUAAAUCCCAAUUAACCGUGUUGCUGGCUCCAUCCUUAAGCUAAUUUGGCUUAGCAGCAGAUUUUGCCCUGCUGCUAAAAUAAGCAAAGUGAUUUUUUUGAUCAUAUAAUUUAAGUAACCCGUUUGUAGUUGAACCAUCGUUUAGCACCGAAUGUCGGCAGUACACGCACACUAGCAAGCGCAAAUUGUGAAAUGGAUUUAAAACGGACAAAAUGUACGAUUUUUGUAGCACUUGUGUGAAACACUUUAGCUUCGAGCGUAAUUUGCUAUGCAAACACACAAAAAAGAAAACAAUUUACUUGGCAGUCAACCGUUAAAUAAAUGAUGUAGGCAAUAACGUAGUAAGUUCAAAAUGUAAAUUUUUUUUGUGAUGGGUUCAUUUAAGUUAAUGAAAUGGGACAGGAGGUGGGUUCGUUAAAUGUAGUUAGUUUAAUGGACCUUGAGGUACAGUGCUCGACAUACUGCAUAAGUGCACACCUAUAUGUUUGUUAGACAGCCUUGAUAUUGCACUUACAACUACUCCCACAAAUGUGUACUAUUCAUUGCAAAUGAAAUUUUUCAACAUGCACAGACGGGAAUGUUUGAUGUAUUAAGUACAGGCCAAUAAAUCGAGUAAAGCUUCAUUUUAGAUGAAACUAGUCUCCUUCACAAGAAUUCAACCCCGUGAGCGUGUAUGCAAAAAUAAAAUUCCGGAAAAGGUUCUAAUCCUGACUGAGUAAUGGCCGAAAAGCUUGCUUUUCAAAGCGUGUCAACUCAUUUUGACCAAAGUCAGCUAAGAAGGGCUCCCGUUCACUAGCAGCUCGUGGAAACGGAUUAAUGUGUUUAUGAACCUAAUAAGUCGAGAAGCACAUCUCAAUAUUAUUGAGGUCAGAAUGGAGGUGUCAAGGAGACAAAUCCAGAAGCACCUGGAACCCGCAAGACCCCUACGCCGUCUUCUCCGUGUUGACGAACCCACACUAAAUGCUGCUUCGUGUACACAGGCUUUGAAUGACAUUGUGGAUCAAACGACAAAUAUUGAAAUAGAGCAGUUCUGCAAGAUUGUCAACCUCCAAGAGAAAAAAGCGAGAGUAUCUUACACAAGAGAUUUUUUAAUCGGUCUUGCGAGUAGUCCCGCGGCCAUGAAGAAGCCUGAGUGUUUACCAGACCACCCUGUCGUCUUACCCAGUGCACAGAAAUAUCCAAGAUAUCUGUGGGUCAAUGAAACCAAUGGAAAUUAUAGAAAAGAGGUCGCGGGGUGUCGGAGCCUAUCCCAGCUGACGUCUGGCGAAAGGCGGACUACACCCUGAACUGGUCAACAAAAAGAGAUUGAUAAGCAUUCACGUGGUCCCCGAGUGGAAACUGAACCCAGACUGCCUGCACUGAAGUCAGGAGAAGAAUGUACCACUACACCAUUAGUGACGUUUGACCCUUUUCCAAAACCUUUUAUUUAACUGAAUGUUUAUUUUAUUUUUAUUUAUUUUGUUUGUUUUGAGUUCACAUGUUCAAAAUAAAGAGUUCAGUCAAUCUGCAGCAAGGGAUCAUGUUAAAAACAAUUAAGUUCUAUUCAUUGAAGACAAACACAAACUGAACUACAGGCUACUUUCUAUAAUUUUCAGAAACGCAAAUGACUCGUUGUGCAAAGAAAUCAAUCAUUUUUUAACUUUAUGAUCACAACAUCUUAACGAUGGCAGUAUUAGGACAAGAAGCUUUACUUUUGCAACAUAUUCGCUACCUUCAAGAUCAAACGUCAGGGGGGAUGUUGAGACCAACCAGAUUCAUUAUGAUACUGUAUUUGAUUCCACACAAUAUGCUUGAAAUUUUGAUUAGGUUGCAACUUUAGGCUCUAAACUACCUGUGCAACUCUCAAAAUAUCACCUUUUGGUGAUGGAAGGAAUUUACAUAUUGGUGAAAAAGCGUGCAAACAAACAUUCAAACUGUACUUCAGUUCUUCAAUAAGAUUCCCCAUAAAGGAAAAUUAUUUCAAACCACAUGCCCCUUUCAAGUCUGCAUUUUGAAUAAACUUCAAUUGGACAGAACAUGGCGGCACGGUGAGCGACUGGUUAGAGCGUCUGCCUCGCAGUUCUGAGGACCGGGGUUCAAUCCCCGGCCCCGCCUGUGUGGAGUUUGCAUGUUCUCCCCGUGCCUGGGUGGGUUUCCUCCGGGCACUCCGGUUUCCUCCCACGUCCCAAAAACAUGCAUGGUAGGUUAAUUGACUACUCUAAAUUGCCCGUAGGUGCGAAUAUGAAUGUGAGUGCGAAUGGUUGUUUGUAUGUGUCCCUGCGAUUGGCUGGCAACCAGUUCAGGGUGUACCCCGCCUCCUGCCCAAUGUUAGCUGGGAUAGGCUCCAGCAUGCCCGCAACCCUAGUGAGGAGAAGCGCCUCAGAAAAUGGAUGGAUGGAUGUAUUUAGAUGUUGUGAAAAGUGUUUGUAAAAGUACUGUUAACCGACCACCGCUUAGUUGACUUUUUCUGUGCCUUAUUGGAUUUAUAUUUUAACUUAGCUAUUGUUACUUCUCAUUAUUUAUUUAUCCUAUUAUGUAUACUUUAUUUCCAAGAAACAAUAACCACUUGCAUCUCAUGGAAUUGUAUAUUUGUGUUUUGAUUGCUGUUUCCUACUGUCUUUUAUAACAGUGUUCGAUAAAAGAGGCCCAAGAUGGAUGCUUACAUGAUAAGACUAACUGUGAUUGUUUUCAAACAAAUACGUUUCUCAAGAAAAACU